AUGACACAAAAGACAUCAUCACACUCACGAUCGCAGUCAUCAUCAAAGAAAAAUCAACAGCAACAACCAUUACUACGUGGUAAUAAUAAAAACCAUUUAGAAACAAUUUACGAAGAAUCAGGCGGAAGUUGCUCGACUGUGUUGAAUAAGUCAACAGCGUCUCUAGCUCAACCAGUAUCAAAUAAAACCGUGAUGCCAUCGCAAGGAUCAGAAACAAUAUCAAAUACCAAUAACAGCAGUGAUCACGGUGGAUUAAUAUCAUCGAGAUCAAUACUACCGGUUAAUUUACAAAUACAAAAGAAGAAAACACGUUCAUUAGAGCGUCCGAUUGAAUUGACUGAAGACCAAAAAUCUAUUUUAUCACAGCCUACAUCGAUAAUAAAAACACGCAAACCACGUUUACCCGUAGAAAUUCGUUAUCGUGAUGGUUCAAAACAAUAUAUACUACCUAUUACAAAUCCACAUGUUCAACAUUAUCGUCAACAAUUACUCCAAUUUAAUUUGCCACCUAAAUAUGAACAAUCAUCAGAUGAGCAACAACAACAGCAUUCCAACAAAGACAAUCGGCGAUCGCAUGGAGAAGACAAGUCACAGAAAGACCGUAGUCAACAAUUUAGAAAACAAUUUAUUAUUAUAAACGCUCAGGAUAUUCCAUCCUCUGCUACUCUCGAAUCAUCAUCGACAUCGUCACCAGAAUAUGCACCAUCGACAGCAACCAGUACAACUACUACUACUCGUCACAUACCACAACAGUAUUAUACACAACACAUUCAACAUCCAGUAAAUUCAUCAUAUCAACAACAACAUCCGACAUCGGUCACAAGAGCCCCGACGGCUCCGUCCUAUCAACUACGACCGCAUCAGAGACGGCAUGUAUCACAAAUCGAUAAUAUUCGCAGUCGAUCCCUGCCUCCACCGCCACCAAGACUACCAUCGAAUGUACACUCGAUACGAUAUGCUUCAACGGAUCGCCUUCGCCAACAAUCGGACUCAUUGAAGAAGAGGACAGAAGUAUCUUCUGUACAAACAAAAAAUACACCCUCACUGCAGAUAAAAUUAACAAAUGAGAAUGACAUACAUGAGGAAAUAAAUAACCAAAAACGAAAAACAACAACAAUUGUUGGCGGUGUUAAUAGUGCAUUUAAACCAUUUUCUAAACGAGAUAUCAAACAUCAGAAACUACCGCCAUCACAUGCGAAAAAUGUGACAAGUCAGCCAGUACCCAACGGCGUACUACCAAACCAACAACUUCCACAUUCAACUCUGUCUUCCAAGCAUGAUGGACAAAACUCAUCUCAGUUCACAUUCUAUGAACAUCACCAGCAACAAUAUCGAUCUUCCAUUCGCCCGACAUCUAUGCAUACGACAUCGUCCUUUACACCGUCGAUGUCAAAUAAAUAUCGUUCAUUCAGUUCCGAUACGAAUCGACCAAUAACCAACUACACAAAGCAAACAAACUUCUACAACCAACAAAUGCAGUAUCCAAACAGCGAAAUACGAGCUCCACAGCAGCAAACAUUGAGGGCCGAUCAACAAUCAUUCAAUUACAACCAUCAGUUCGCUGGUGAUAAAAAUCAUAAUAGUAACAAACGGUCAUCCUCGUUACAAACAACAACAAAUCGUGCUAUACCGGUAAAAUCAACGGUAUCCAAAGGUGCAUUUGACGAUGCAACAUAUCGUACGCGAUCCUAUUCAAAUCACAAUCCACAACCGUCACCUACUAUUAAUAUUGAUCCGUCUUUACAAUGGUACACAUUCGACUCAUGUGUUCAAGAUUUGCCUCAUUUAUCAUCAAAAUAUGCACAAAAUCCAAUUCGUGUUACACUGACAACACGCUCAAAAGAAAAUAAAUCAUUUCUGGCUUCUACGCAGAACUCCGAACUAGAACAACGUCUGUUACAAGCUGGUUUAUCACCAGAAACAGUCGCACUAUACGAAAGAAUACUAGAAGUUGCUGAUGUUAAGCAACCAACGCCAUCAUUACUGACUACUACAUACCGCUAA